AUGACAGUUGAAAGUGCGGCCGUCAGGCCAAGUGAAGCCGAAGAUGGCGUUCUCGGGAGAUUCGAUCGCGACAAGGAUGAGGCUAUCGCCAUGGUUGGUGACCAGCAAAACGAGAUUGAUCCUGUCACCGCGGCGCAAGCGGUGCGCAAGACGGAUUGGUUUCUCAUCCCCGCCAUGAUCGUCGGAUAUGGGCUCGUCUAUUAUGACAAAGCUAUCCUAGGCUCGGCCGUGCUAUUCGGCAUGACUGGCGAUCUCCAACUGGCUGUUGUCGACAAAUCCACUGCACCGCCCACAGUCGAUACUUCUCGCCUCAGUUGGGCGACAUCUCUCUUCUACUUUGGCAUGCUCGCGGGCCUCUACCCAAUGACCUAUGCCCUGCAGCGGUUCGAUAUCGGCCGCAUACUCGGCGGUGUGGUAAUCGUCUGGUCUGCCAUCUGCCUCUCCACGGCCGGCGUAACCUCUUACCAGGGCCUGUUCAUCCAGCGGUUCUUCCUUGGUUUCAUCGAGAGCAUCAUCCCCACUGGUUUCAUGUGUAUCGUCUCCGGGUACUACACGCAGGCUGAGCAGUCCCUCCGUCAGAGUUGGUGGUUCAGCAGCACUGGACUGUUCACCAUUAUUGGAGGUGCCUUGAAUUAUGGAUUUGCCCAGAUCAAAGGAGGCGGCCUCAAGCCGUGGCAGUACAUAUAUUUGCUCGCAGGGUCCCUAACUUUCUUGUUUGGGCUUUUCUGCUUCGUCAUCCCGAACUCGCCCGUGUCUGCCUGGUUCCUCACGAAGGAGGAACGCUUCGCUGCCGUCGAGAGGUUGAGACACGGUCAGACCGGAGUGCGGUGUACAAAAUUCAAGACGAACCAGCUGAAAGAGGCGGUUCUAGACAUUAAGGUCUGGCUCAUUGCGAUAAUGAUGGCGGCAGCGUAUACCAUGAACGGAGCUGUCAGCGGCUUUGGCCCGCUCAUUGUUAGCACGUUUGGCUGGAACACCCUCCAAUCCAUCCUCUUCCAAUUCCCUCUCGGUGGUCUUUGCUUCAUCGUCAUCCUCGCGACGGGUUAUCUAGGCUCCAAAUUCUCUAAUAUUCGGAUUAUUAUGCUUAUUCUAACAUGUCUACCCGUCAUGGCUGGCUGUGCUAUAAUCUGGAAGAGUGAGUGGACAUACCACGCAGCUGCCCCCGUUGUCGGGUAUUCCAUCACCGGCUUUUUCGGUGGCACUGUCAGCUUGAUUAUCACGGUUGGAAUGUCCAAUGUGGCUGGGCACACUAAGAAGAGCUUCAUGGCUGCUACUAUUUUCGUGGCCUACUGUGUUGGAAACAUCGUGGGACCUCAGCUCGUCAAGUCCCAAUCCAAGGCGGACCAUUACCCAGAGCUUUGGCUCGGCCUGAUCAUCUGCUACAUAAUUUGUAUCGUCGCAUCUGUUGCUCUUUACUUCGUUCUAUGGUCGGAGAAUAAGAAGAGGGAGGCCAUCGCCGUGGACGAAUCCGAGAGGGCUAAGCUGGCGUUUAUGGACCUGACGGACAAGGAAAAUCCGUACUUCAGAUACGUGCUCUAG